GCGGAGCGGCCGCAGAUCGCGAGGAGCAUGUGGACGCUUGGGCGCCGAGCGGCUGCCAGCCUCUUGCCCCGCUCGGCGCCCCCGGGCUCUGCCCAGGCCCGCGCCGGGGCCCCGCGGCCAACGAAGGACCCCCGGCUCUACGGCUGCCGGGGCCUGCGCACCGGGACCGCCGCGGCCGGCACACCCAGCCAGCCCAGUCUGAGCCUCUGCUGCCUCAACCAGAUCCUGAAUGUCAAAAAGCAGUGGGUCUGUUGGAUGAAUUUGAGGACAACGGGAACUUUGGGUGAUGCUGGCCCUCUGGACGAUACCACCUAUGAAAGACUGGCCGAGGAGACGCUGGACUCCUUAGCAGAGUUUUUUGAAGACCUUGCAGACAAACCUUACACGUUUGAAGACUAUGAUGUCUCCUUUGGGAGUGGUGUUUUAACAAUUAAACUGGGUGGAGAUCUAGGAACAUAUGUGAUCAACAAGCAGACCCCAAACAAGCAAAUCUGGCUAUCUUCACCAUCCAGUGGCCCCAAGCGUUACGACUGGACUGGGAGAAACUGGGUGUACUCCCACGACGGCGUGUCCCUCCACGAGCUGCUGGCCACAGAGCUGACUCAAGCCUUAAAAACCAAACUGGACUUAUCUUCUCUGGCCUACUCGGGAAAAGGCACUUGCUGCCCAGCCUAACGCUAAAGACACUGAAAGCUCUAAAGCCAAGACCCCAGCUUCGUUCUGCAGCUGAAUGGCUGGUCUUUUCCAUUCCUGCUUUUGAGGACAGUUGCAUUAUGUGUAACGGCUCUGUGAAAAGACCGUGUCGCCUCCUGCCCUGCCCCUGAGUUCAGAUUUUUAAUUUCCGUAGGUUUCUUUGGGUUUAUUGUCUGAUUUCUUCCCUCACGUGAUAGCCCUUAUCUUUCGUAAUGUCUGUAUGCCCAUACCUUUAAUAUAUAACCUCACAACAAAGAAAAAGAAGAAAGACAAAUUCCAGGAGG